AUGGGUAAUUGCAUGUCUUUUAUAAAUUAUUCCAAAUUUAAAUUUAAAAAGGAUGCUACUAUAAAUUCAUAUUCCUAUUCUAAUAAGAACUAUGAGGACUUAAUGAACAGCCAUACUUAUAUAAUAGGAGAUGAAAACAGGAGGAUAGAGAAACGUAGUGAUGAUUACAGUGACAUAUGCAAUAACGAACGUAAUAACAAAUAUGGUGAAAAAGAAAAAUGUAAUGAAAAGAAGGAUAAUCGAGAUGUAGUGAGUGAUAGUAAUUCCGAAAAUACACAUGAUGAACAUAUAAAAUACGAAGAGUAUAAUAGAGAUGAUGCAUAUGUAUUAAAAGAAAAAAAAAAUAAAAAUGAAAGAGACAAGGUUAAGGAUAAAAUGAAAAAAAGAAAUAAAAAGGAAAGGAUGGAAACAAGAUACACUGCGAGCAUUAAAUUAGUGGUAGACUCUUCUUGUGAAGAAGACAACGAGAACAGUUAUAAUGACAGCGGAAAUAAUAGCAGCAAUAAUAGCAGCAAUAACAGCGGAAAUAAUAGCGGAAAUAACAGCGGCAUUAACAGCGGCAAUAACAGCGAAAGUAAUAUUAGCAAUAAGUAUAGCAGAAAAAGCAGCAAGAAUAACAGCAAUUCAAAUGACAAUAAUUUAGUAAAUAUGUACAAACAGGAGUCGAAUGAACGUUAUAAUAAGAAUGGAGAUAUAUGUUCUAAUAAGAGCUCCAUAUACCAAAGCCCAGUAAAUGGAAAUGUUCUAUACAAAAAGAUUAAACGCGAAAAUUUGCUGAACAUUAAAUACAGUAAUAUGAUAUUAAAUGAUAUAAGAGAUGUAGAUAUAAUAGUCGUAUUUUUAUUUAGUCUGUUUCUUUAUUUUAAUGCGAACAAUAUUGUUGAUAUGCUGGAUCGAAAUAAAAAAGAUAGAUAUACUAUGAGAAAUUCUCUGAACAUAAACCAUGAUAUUAUUAAAUUUCCCACAUUUCCAAAGGAAAUUAUUGAUGGUUUUUUAAAAAAUGACUUUACAUUAUUAAGAAAAUAUAUCAAAAACAAAUGUAAUAAAUUAAAAAAAAAGUAUAAAAGUACAUAUUUAAAAAAGAUAAAUCAACAGAAAAAAGAAAAAAGUGAAAAAAAAAAUUUUAAAAAUGAAUUAAAAAAAAAAAAAGAAAAAUGCUCAUUUUCAAAUAUUGUAGAAUCUGUUGAUAGAAAUGAAUGGAUUCAUAGAGAUAUCACAGAAAUACCAUGUGACCAAAAUUUACCGGACAUAAAUAUUACAUUUAUAGUUAUGGGAGCAUACUGUUUUUAUCAAAAAAAUAUGAAACCAUUUCAAGAUAAAAAUACUUUUUUCUAUAAAUCCCCAUCUUAUUCAUGUGAUGCAGAAAUAUCAGUUGCAUGUAAAAAAGGGAGAAAAUUAGAUUUUCCGAAUCAAGAUGAUUUCACUAUAAUACAAACAAACGAGUGGAUUUUAAUUAUGGUUUUCGAUGGUCAUGGUCCGUCAGGUCAUGAUAUUAGUAAUUUUGUGCAUGUAGUACUUCCAUUAUUAUUCUCAUAUAAUAUUGAUAGAAUAUUUGAAAAUCCUGUUCGCACAAUUAAGACAUUGUUUUAUAUGAUUAACUGUUACUUGGUUAAUUAUUCCUAUUGUAUAAAUAAUAAUAUUAAUCCAAUCAAUAUUAAUUUUAUUGAUUAUAAUUUAAGUGGAACAACUUGUACAAUCAUACUGUACAACUUUUUAACGAAAAAGAUUUAUUCUGCACAUACAGGUGAUAGUAGAGCUGUUAUGGGUAAACAAAAUCUUCAGACAAACGCAUUUAGAGCUUAUAAUAUUACUGAAGAUCAUAAACCUUCCUUAAAAUUAGAAAAAGAUAGAAUUAUAGCUUUUGGUGGUGAGGUAAAAAAAUUACAAGGGGAUGUUUCUUACAGAGUUUUUGUUAAAAAUGAAAUGUAUCCUGGUUUAGCUAUGAGUAGAGCUAUUGGUGACAUCACAUCAUCUUUUAUUGGUGUUACUUGUGAACCGACCAUCAAAAUUUUUGAUAAAUUAGAUGAAGAUAAAUUUAUUAUUGUGGCUACUGAUGGAAUAUGGGAAUUUAUCAGUAGCGAAGAAUGCGUUCAAAUGGUUUCCAAAAAGAGGAAGAAAAAAGUGCACGUAGCUAUGGAGGAAAUAAUUAAGGAAUCCUGGAGAAGAUGGGAAAGGAUUGACACCGUUGAUGAUAUGACCUUGGUUAUUUUGUACUUCUAA